UCCCGGAUACCCCAGCAAGCAUAUCGUGUACUUCCACAUUCACCCCACGUUUACCCACAAACAACACACAAGGGCCAGGUGCCUCGGGUCCAACCAAGCAAACUGAGCCUAAUCAACGACAGCGACAAUGUCUAGUCCUGCCCCACCCCCUGGGAGUCCAAACCCGCCGCUUGAGAUCUUCAUCAAUGACACGACCAACCUGCCCGAUAGGCUGGUUGCUAUUGCAAGCUCAGGCACUACAACGACAUGAAGUGGACGCAGCAUUGGUGCACACGAGGAGAGACAAGAAACACGGAUUGGUCUCCUCGGAUGGUAGUCAGAGGACAGCAGGGAGCAACAUGAAUUCUUCUGAUACCCUUUUCUUGACGUUUUGGUCUGUUUUGCUCUUGACCAGGUGGGGGAUAUUUGUGACUUCUACACUUCCCGCACCCAAGAGGUUGGGUGACAAGGAGACUAGGAAUUGGCCCAGUACUGUUCUUCUCUUUUUUUUACAGAUACAUAUUAAGUCACUCUUUACAAAUGCAGACAUCUAAUAUCAUCCUUCUUACUGCAUCGUCGUAUGGGCUUCCGAUAACGAAAAGAAUGGCCGGUAUAGGUAUAGGUGAGCCUGAUGGUCAUUGGCAAAAGGAAAAUAAAAGGUGUGAUGACAAAAGCGG